AUGUAUAAUGGCAUUGGCCUGACAACACCCCGCGGCACCGGCACCAGCGGGCACGUCGUGCGCAACGCGUCGGCACUCAAGCCCAGCCAAAAGCACCGGCGAAUUGAGCGCAAAGAGCGUGCCCCCAAGCCCGUCGACCCGAGCAUUCUCGAGCACGAGCGCAAGCGCCAGGUAGAAAUCAAAUGCCUGUUUCUGCAGGACGAGCUGGAGGAGCAAGGACUGGAGGAGGCCGAGGUGGAGCGCCGCGUCGGUGUGCUGCGCCAGCAAUUGCUGAGCAACCUGGAGACUGCGAGCUUGCCGGAAGCUAAAUUGCGCAGUUUCGAGACACAGCGAGUGCGGGAGCGGAAAGAAAAGGAAAACGAGCGGUUCGCCAGAGCCAUGCGCAUUGACAAGGAGCAUGUGGAGGGCGAGGCGUUUGAUCCAGGAGCUGGUUGA